AUGAAGCUGUCAACACUCAUUCUCGUGUGUGCCGGUAUGGCACUGGCCAAGAAAGGCAGCGGUGACAAGACAAAUGGAGGCAAGGGGACGGGCGCAACCAGCGCGCAGAGCAAUUCGACUGCAGUGAACAAUUAUAACAACAAUUCAAAUUUGACGGCUUUGGCGACCAACAACAGCAGUACUGCCAUCACAAACACGACACUGGCUUCUUCCAAUAAUUUUGGUAGCAAUACUAACGUGAAUGCGGGUGCUUUGACCGGCCAAGAGAACGGCGCGGCUUGCAUCAGCGUUGACGCCCUGAACAACGUCAACGCCGCAGAUGUCAACCUUGCUAUGGUCGAUUCAGUUUCUGAUAUUCGUGGGGCCAUCAACCUGCAAGAUCCCCUAUCUAUCGCCGAGGGCAUUGUGGUGCUUAUGGACGGCUUCUGCCUGGGCCAGACUGUCGAUUUGAACGCCCUCCUCGGUCUCGGUAUUGAUGACGAGGCGAACAUAUUCCUUGAGCUCGCACAGCUAGCUCAGCUCGAGUCUCUCGGCUUUCUCAACGGAGACGGCGUUCAGAGUCUCGUCGAGUCCAAUCUCCUAUUCAAUGGCAAUGGAAAUGUCUUUAAUCUGGCUGGUGUCAAGCGCGAAGUUGGGACAACGAAAGCCGCCAUGGAGGAUGCCACCGCACGGCGUAGCAAAAUCCGCAGAACCCGCAUCAAGGGACGAUCAUGCAACGCGACCCUCAACACCGGAUGGAUUACUACCGAUUGA